CAUCUGGAGCUGGAGUCUAUCUGAACGACUGCUGCUUUUCUUCUGCUCACAGGUCAUUAGCAGGAUACACAGGGACCGGCUGGGAAAAAAGAGGAUUUAAUCAGACAAAGAGUGUGCUGAAGACGGAAACAAGAGGAGAAGAAGGGAAGAGCUGCUGAGAACAUGAGAGCCGAUGCUGUCUUUCUGGGGGUCAGAUUUUACAAAAUGAGAAACCGCUGCACUACUGCAGAGAGCAAACAACAGAGCAAGGAUGCCGUCUGCUAGCACCAUGACUGGCGGGAGAGCACUGCUGCUCUGUAGAAACACAGAGGACUGCAUCUACCAAUCAGCAAACGGGCUCCACUGCUGCGGAUUAAAGCUUGACCAUUCUGUGAUGCUUCAGCGGCCAGACCUGUGUGGGGUCAGGGACAGUCUCUCGUCUCUGAGCAACCUCAAACCGAGCCCAGGAGACACCAUCAUGCUCGCCCACAAGAGUCCCUCCAAUGCUCGGCCUGUUGAGAAUGGUUUGGGAGGUUGCAGCAAGUCACUCAAGUCUCCCUUAGGACUUAAGAGCACUGCCAGCAUUCGGGACAAGAUAUCCCAAUGGGAAUGUAAAACAGAGACCACCUUGUCAAACACCCAAACAGUGGGACUGCAGGAGACUGAAAGUGGAAAGAAGAAGGUACAGCCGGAAGUGCAAUGUAAAGACGGUGAGCGACUUUCCAAUUUGGAGAGACCGAACUGUGGUGAAGAGAACGGGAGAACAUUUGGAGAACCUUUGGACAUUUCUGAGAGACCGGUGAAGGAAAAGGAAUGGAUUUUGGACAAAACCCUAUUGGGGAGAACAACGGAAACUGUUCAGGACAAAAAGUUGGUGUUGACGCAUAUUAAGAAACUUGAGCAAGCGAUGAAGGAGGCUCCUUCCAAAUCAUCCUUGUCCAUGCCAGGCAAUUACUUCUGCCCAGCUUCCAAAGAGGAGCAGGAGGAAGCAAAGAAGAGGGCCACAGAGCCCAUCUUUGGGACUGUGGAUGUUGUGAGAUUUCGGAUGAGACGGGAUUCUGAGAACGUCUACAGUGAACCUGGAGCUCCUUCCAUUAACCCUUUGCCAAAACCCCAAAGAACCUUUCAACACCACACACAGACAAACAACCUUGUGGCCAACCGAUGUUUCCUCAAGGGUAAUCGAAAUCUUCCCCCUUUACCUUCCAUACCUCCCCCACCCCUUCCAUCCUGUCCUCCACCACAAGGGGUCUUUAGAAGACCUUCUGGACGAGCUCGAAACACUAAUAACAGGAAGUCCUACGAGUUUGAAGAUCUUCUACAGUCUUCGGCAGAAGGUUGUCACACAGAUCUCUAUGAGCUAUCAAAGAUAGGGCUGACUCGCACUUUAUCGGAGGAGAAUGUCUACGAGGAUAUCCUAGACCCUCCCUCGAAGGAGAACCCAUAUGAAGACAUAGAGUUGGAAAGUCGCUGUGUUGGGAGCAAGUAUCCCAUUCCUUCUUCCAGGUCCUCUCCCAUUCCCGACACCCCAUCCAAGCUCUCCUCCAAGCCUGGUUUAUUCAGGCAGAACUCAGAGCGAGGUAGUUUCAAGAUUUUGGAAUUGCGCAAGACCGGCAGAGAUGGAGGCGUCGUGUCCCCAUCGCAGGUCAGCCCUCCAUCAACACCCAGCAGCCCGGAUGACACCCCGUGUCUGUCGGGGGACCCUUACAACCGACGGCGGAGGAAAAUCCCAAAGAUGGUGCAGAAAAUCAACGGCAUCUUUGAGGCCCGAAGGGGAAAGAAGAGGAUGAAAAGGGUCUCGCAGUCAACCGAGUCCAGUUCAGGAAGAGUGACCGACGAAAACAGCGAGUCUGAAAGUGACACAGAGGAGAAACUAAAGGCUCACAGCCAGAGAUUAGUGUCGGUGCAGUCUAUGUUGAGGCAAACCGGUCGAUAUCGCACUCUGGAGCGAGACUUGAUGGACCUCCAGGAGAGGAAGUUGUUUGAGUACUUCCUGGUUGUGGCUCUUCAUAAAACCAAAGCAGGCGUCCCGUAUUUACCAGAAGUCACCCAGCAGUUCCCUCUCAAGUUGGAACGAAGCUUCAAGUUCAUGCGAGAAGCUGAAGACCAGCUGAAAGUGAUUCCCCAGUUCUGUUUCCCUGAUGCUAGAGACUGGGCACCUGUGGAUAACUUCCCCAGUGAAACCUUCUCGUUUGUCUUAACCGGAGAAGAUGGGAGCCGAAGAUUUGGCUACUGUCGACGUUUACUGCCCAGCGGUAAAGGAAGACGUCUACCUGAAGUCUACUGUAUUGUGAGCAGACUGGGCUGUUUCGAUCUGUUCUCGAAGAUCCUGGAUGAGGUAGAGAAGCGUCGAGCCGUUUCUCCAGCGCUGGUCCAGCCUUUAAUGAGAGGAAUCAUGGAGGCAGCGUUCCCAGCUCCGGGAAGAACCAUCAGGAUUAAGAACUUCCUCCCAGGUUCAGGAACAGAGGUGAUCGAAUUAUGUCGUCCUUCAGAUUCCCGUCUGGAGCAUGUGGAUUUCGAGUGUCUGUUUUCCUCUCUCAGCUUGCGUCUGCUUCUGCGGGUGUUUGCUUCUCUUCUGCUGGAGCGAAGGGUCAUCUUCACCGCAGAUAAACUCGGCACCCUCUCUAAAUGUUGUCAUGCCAUGGUGGCUCUGCUGUACCCCUUCACCUGGCAGCACACGUACAUCCCGGUUCUUCCUCCGUCCAUGAUGGACAUCGUCUGUACUCCAACCCCCUUCAUCGUGGGUCUCCUCUCCAGCUCUCUGACCCGACUCAAAGAGCUCCCGCUGGAGGAGGUCCUGGUGGUGGAUCUCGGCAGCAGUCGUUUCCUGCGACAGAUGGACGAUGAGGAUUCGAUUCUGCCUCACAAGCUCCAGGCGGCUCUCGAACACAUUCUGGAACGGAGGAAGGAUCUGGCGUGUGACGGGGCAGAUCAUCCGAACGAGCCCAGUUCUCUGAGCAGUGUGGUGUCAGAGGCGUUUGUGCGGUUCUUCGUGGAGAUCGUGGGUCAUUACUCGCUCUUCAUGGGCAGCAGUGACCGUGAUGAAGAGUCCUCGGCCUCGUCUUCCUCCUCUCCAACUCCUUCGUCCUUCCAGCGCGAGGCGUUUCGGAAAGCCGUGUCUUCCAAGAGCCUUCGGAGAUUCCUGGAGGUCUUCAUGGAGACGCAGAUGUUUGCAGGGUUUGUGCAGGAAAGAGAGUUUCGGAGGCAGGGCCUGAAAGGUUUGUUUGAGGUGAGGGCUCAGGAUUACCUGGAUUCUCUGCCAGGGAGCGAGAACAGAGGCGUCAACAAGUUCCUCAAGGGUUUAGGACACAAGAUGAAGUUCCUGUCCAAAAAGUGAACACUAGUCGUGUAGUGUGUGUAUGUUAGACUCCCGACUGGACCUGAAGACCAAAGACACAGAAAACACUACAAUCUCCUCUAGUUCCCCAAACCACACGGACCUUACAGAACCUUACAGAACCGCACAGACCUUACAGAACCUUACAGAACCACACGGACCUUACAGAAACACACGGACCUUACAGAACCUUACAGAACCACACGGACCUUACAGAACCUUACAGAACCACACGGACCUUACAGAACCUUACAGAACCACACGGACCUUACAGAACCACACGGACCUUACAGAACCUUACAGAACCACACGGACCUUACAGAACCUUACAGAACCACACGGACCUUACAGAACCUUACAGAAACACACGGACCUUACAGAACCACACGGACCUUACAGAACCUUACAGAAACACACGGACCUUACAGAACCUUAAAGAACCACACGGACCUUACAGAACCACACGGACCUUACAGAACCACACGGACCUAGCAGAACAACACGGACCUUGCAGAACCUUACAGAAACACACGGACCUUACAGAACCACACGGACCUUACAGGACCUUACAGAACCACACGGACCUUACAGAACCUUACAGAAACACACGGACCUUACAGAACCUUACAGAACCACACGGACCUUACAGAACCACACGGACCUUACAGAACCACACGGACCUUACAGAACCUUACAGAAACACACGGACCUUACAGAACCUUACAGAACCACACGGACCUUACAGAACCACACGGACCUUACAGAACCUUACAGAACCACACGGACCUUACAGAACCUUACAGAAACACACGGACCUUACAGAACCUUACAGAACCACACGGACCUUACAGAAACACACGGACCUUACAGAACCACACGGACCUUACAGAACCUUACAGAAACACACGGACCUUACAGAACCUUACAGAACCACACGGACCUUACAGAACCACACGGACCUUACAGAACCUUACAGAAACACAUGGACCUUACAGAACCACACGGACCUUACAGGACCUUACAGAACCACACGGACCUUACAGAACCUUACAGAAACACACGGACCUUACAGAACCACACGGACCUUACAGGACCUUACAGAACCACACGGACCUUACAGAACCUUACAGAACCACACGGACCUUACAGAACCUUACAGAACCACACGGACCUUACAGAACCACACAGACCUUACAGAACCUUACAGAACCACACGGACCUUACAGAACCACACAGACCUUACAGAACCUUCCAUAACCUUACGGAACCACACGGACCUUACAGAACCUUACAGACACUUAUAGAACCACACGGACCAUACAGAACCACACGGACCUUACAGAAACUUACAGAACCACACGGACCUUACAGAACCUUACAGAACCACACGGACCUUACAGAACCUUACAGAACCACACGGACCUUACAGAACCUUACAGAACCACACGGACCUUACAGAACCUUACAGAACCACACGGACCUUACAGAACCUUACAGAACCACACGGACCUUACAGAACCACACGGACCUUACAGAACCUUACAGAACCACACAGACCUUACAGAACCUUACAGAACCUUACAGAACCACACGGACCUUACAGAACCACACUGACCUUACAGAACCUUACAGAACAGAAGCGGCUCGUUUUCUACAUUUCAGAGACUUUCAAGAGACAGAGUACAACUUCUUCUGAAACAGAAGGCUAUCAAUUAAUUUAUAUUCUUUCUAGAAAUAAGAAAACCUUUAUGACUUCCUCUGUAAAACUUUACGUGUUUCCCAUUAAAGUGAAAUGAUGUUGUUAGUUUGUCACCGUCUAUUUAUCGGACUCGAGAUGAGAAACAACGAGAUUUAGUUCUUCGGAUGGGAAACCUCGCAGGAUUGGAAAUGUUCUAGAACUAUUGUAAACCGAAUCCAGAACAACGGUGGAGACUUCUGGAGAAGUUCUCUGUGCUGAGUACACUACACUAGAGGUGCUCUGAACCUGAUUUUUGUAAGUGUGCGUAAUAAACAGUGUGUGAUCA